AUGGCCGCCGCCCGCGCCCAACAUGGCCGCCGCCGCCUCAGGGCCCGCCCCGCGCGCAUGCGCCGUGCGAUGCUGAGGGCGCUGCUCCGGGAGCCGCCGCCAUGGCGGCCCCGCCGCCCCCCGCCCGCCCUCAAGGCCCCGGCCCGCACCGCCCCGCGGCUUCUCCGCGCUCCUGCCCGCCCGCUCUGCGCCAUCCAGGGACAGCUCCGGGGCCCGGCCCGCCCGCUCUGCACCGCCCCGGCACCGCCGCCGGCCACGCGUUAUCAGCUGGUGUACACCUGCAAGGUGUGCCAGACGCGCUCGGCCAAAUCCAUCUCUAAGGCCGCCUACCACCGAGGGGUGGUGAUCGUGACAUGUCCCGGCUGCGGGAACCACCACGUCAUCGCCGAUAACCUGGGCUGGUUCUCCGACCUGCAGGGAAAGAGGAACAUCGAGGAGAUCCUGGCAGCCAAAGGGGAGAAGGUGAGACGUGUGACUGGCGAGGAAGCCCUGGAACUGCUGCUGGAAAGCUCGGCAGAGCCCGAGCCCCAAGCUCAGCUGGCAGAGGGGGACGGUGGGGAAACCUCCCCAGAUCCUGGCAGCAAGGGACAGACCUGACACGAGGGAUUGUGGCCUCUGGGACACACCUGACACGAGGGAUUGUGGCCUCUGGGACACACCUGACAGAUGGAUUGUGGCCUCUGGGACACACCUGCCACGUGGGAUUUGGGUCAUUCUGCUUGUGACAAGAGACUCUUCACCUUCAUUCCCUGACUUCAACUGUGUUUUUAAAAUAAACUCGGGUGUUGGGUUUUC